AACAUGGCGGCGGCGGCCAGGAUGUACGUUGUAGGCUUGUGUUUGGGUUUCCGGGUUGGCCUUGGCGGAUGUUUUAUGGUUGGACUCGGUAUGAUGAGAAGCAAUGAAACACACUGAGAUUGUGUCCGAUUCCUUUGAUUUGUCUCCUGCUAUUGCAAACCACAAAGUAAUUUCUAUCUGUGAAGCAAAAACAUUCUGGCAAGAUCAGCAAGAAGAAGGGAAUGUUGAGAUAUUAUUUGAAAAAGUAGAGAAGAAACUUCGGCUGCUGUGCCAAAAAAUCAAAGAUGGGUCAGCAACAGACAAAGAAUAUACAAGUGCCUUCCUGUUGGUGAAUGACGAUUUACUAGAUCAAGCACCUUAUGACUGCAAUGAAAAUACUUCCGUUGAACUGCCAAAAGAUGAGGACCAAUUGCCAGAAAUAUGUGAAGAAGAGGUGACCAUCCCAGAUCCCAAUGAAAAUGAUAUAAGUUUACCUUCCACCACACAGUGUGUUCGUUUUUUGGAACAUACGUGUGGAGAGGCAUGCCUGUCUGAAGUGAAUCCAUACUUUAGCAAAAGAGGAAACCCACUCAGAUUUCCCAUCAUGUGUCAGUUCCAGCGGAGGCACGCCAAGCCUAGCCUUCUUUCCAGGACGUUGGAUGUCGUCUACAAAGCCCCUUGUGGGAAGGGGCUGCGGCACUUUGACGAUGUACAGGCUUACCUCUUUCAGACAAAGUGCAACUUUUUAUUUCUGGACUAUUUUUCAUUCAACACCUUCCUUCAGCUGGAGAGAAAUGUCAUGAUGGGCCCAGUUGUAACUCAAGAAGCAGAUAUCAGCAGAGAUGUGGAACUGGUGCCAGUCUCACUCUGCAAUGAAAUUGAUAAAACCAAACCAUCUUCGUUUACAUAUAGGAAGAGCCCAUGGCCACAUGGAUACUCGGUUAAUAAUUUUACUGAUCUCUUCAUUGGAUGCUGUGACUGUACGGAUGGGUGUUUAAAUGUCUCAACAUGUACAUGUUUACAGCUGACGGCCAAAGCAUGUAAUAACAAUGUAUCAUCACCCAGGCAGUCAGUUUCAAGCGGUUACAGGUAUAAGCGCCUCCAGGCUCCUAUUCCCUCUGGGCUGUAUGAAUGUAAUGUAUCUUGUAAAUGUAAUCGAAGGAUGUGUCAGAACCGGGUUGUACAGCACGGUCUUCAAGUUCAACUUCAGGUGUACAAAACCGAAGAGAGAGGCUGGGGGGUGCGCUGCCUGGACGAUCUUGACAAAGGGACCUUUGUAUGCAUCUAUGCAGGUCGGAUUUUAAUGAAAGGUUCAAAUGUAAACCCGCAAGAUAGCAGCAUAUCUGUGAUGCAGCCUGAUGACAAUAAGCCCACUUCUUCCAUUUUUUCUAAAAGAAAACGUCCCAUUUCCCUCUCUGAUUCUGAAGUCACUAAUCUGCCAACAGAUUCUUCCAGCAGCCAGAAGCCCGGGGAUACUCGAGUGACUUCAGGCUUGAGUCAUCAACCAAAAUUUUUAAGCAGCAAAAUAAGCAGGGCUCAAGAAAGAAAUAUCGAGUACUCAUCUGUUAGGAGACCUAAAACCAAGACCUCCAUUCUCCAGAAACGCAGAAUGCAACUCAGGGAAAAGGGUGCAGUCACAGUGCAGCACAGUUCUGAUGAUGAAGAAUUUGUCGUACCUGUUAGUUCUCAAAAGCCACUGCACAAAAGCCGCUCAGGACAUGAAGGGGGAGAUUCUGAAAGGACAGAUGAUGUAGGCUAUUUAUCGGAUAACAGCACUUUGUCUAUACAGUCCAGUGAGAGCAAUAUCCUGCUGUCUGCCUGUAAACAAAAGGAUGCCUUUCAUCACUCCGAAAGCGAAGAACAUAUUUGUGUCUUGGAUGCAUCAAAGGAAGGCAAUGUGGCACGAUUUUUAAAUCAUAGCUGUUCACCAAACCUGUUUGUACAACUCGUGUUUGUCGAAACUCAUUCAAAGAAAUUUCCCUGGGUGGCAUUUUUUGCUAAGAGCCACAUAAAAGCUGGUACUGAACUAACCUGGGAUUACAACUACAAUAUCGGGAGUGUUCCUGAGGAGGAGAUUCCAUGCCUGUGUGGACAUAAGACUUGCCAAAAAAUAACAAUUUGACUAUUAAAUAUGCAAAAGUACAACUAAAGACUCCUUCAUUAAAGUCUCACAGGCUCUCAUAACAUCCAGCCCUUCUCCCCAGACACUGCCAUAAAUCCAGAAAAAGUGGGUAGGACUAGGUGUUAAUAGUCAUGCACCCUGCACCCACCCAUUGUAGUGCAAGCAGGCACAGCCUACAUGAGAGUUGCAACUGUCCUGAAUUCAGGAGCAGUGCAGCUUCAUAUGCCACAGCAUCACAGGAAGAUGAAUUAGAUGGACUUCACUGGCUGGAUCAAAAGGUAGUUGUGGUACUUUGCAAGGGGGUAAAAUGCUUGUAUACACUUGUAUUUCUCUCUGAAGACCAAUCCAUGUUGGAGCACUCUUCAGAGGGCAUUUAACAGGCAUUAUUUUGCCUCCUCGCCACCUAUUUUAACCUCUAAAAGCCUGCACUACUGCAGCAGUGUGCAAUGCAUGCUCUUGCGGGAUGGCCCUAUUCCGUGGAAUAUAACGCAUUUGACAGACACCAUUGCCUGCAGAGCGCAAUCGAGGGUGGAAGGGGAUAGUGUUUGGUGUGUCAUGGCAUGUGUACUACCCCACUUGCUGCUUCAUGGGGAUUGGUUGAGGGAUAAUAACACAAUACACACAUGUGUUUUUACUGCCCCCCUCUUAGGAGGCCUAAGAGAAAAUUGUAAGUGACAAUAAACUUCUAAAUAAUCCAUAA